AUGCGCCCCGGUCGGAUGUGGAACGGUGUAUGCCGGUCUGCCGAUCGACUCGGGGCGUGGACCGAUGCGGAUUGCGGCGGCGGCCCAAGCCCGGGUUGUAGUCAUGCCCGUGGAGACGUCGUUGCCGCGAUCGUGGAGGGCAGCACGCGCCGCAAGGCGUGCUUCGGCAUCUGCGUGCUCCUGGCAUCGGCCU